UCCUGUGCUAUUUUUCUAGUGGUUUUUUUUUUCAUGCUUUUCUUUAAGAAAUCUGAUUUCUGUCAUAUGAUCUCAGGAUAGAUGUAGUUUGUAUUUUUAAAAAGUUUUCCAAUGUCAGAAGUACAGAAAAACCUGGAAAAGCAUUAUCUCCUCCCCAGGUGUGUUCCUAGUGACUAGGCCUCAAAGGAAAUCCUGAAACUGCAAUAUGGUGAUUUAUAAAUCGGUUGCAUUGUUUUCACAGCCAGACUUGGGGUUUGGGGCAACACUGUUCUUUCUAAAGAAUUCCAGAGUUUAGUGAAUUCCCAGGAACAGCCUAAGGCUCUGAUCUGCUGCCGGAUGGAGCUGUCAUCAGUACAGGACGUGGGAUAACCCCUGCAAGAGUUUGAGUUCACAGAGCUGCAGUUUGGGGCUGUGCACAUAUCCCUGGUGCCUGUGCUCCGUUUGGGGCAUCCCAUUCCCAGGAAGAUGCUGGCAGGAAGGGAGAGGCUUGAGAGAAGAAACACCCCCAGAAUGGUAGGGUGGGGAUCUGCCAAGAAAGCCCAGAUCCUUAUCACUUAGUCAAACAGAAAGGCUGGAGAGGAUGUGGUUUGUACCUUUAUCAAGUUUCCUGAAAUGUCUUUAUCAGGUUUUCUCUGUGCUCAUUCUUUCUCAAUUUGGCGGAGGGGGAAAACAAAGUGUGGCUGAUCCUGCCCCACUCGGAGGUUGCUCUGAGUGCAGACUGGGACUGAGUAAUUUUCUCCAGUCAGGACAAGUUGAUGCUGAGCCACAGAUGUCUGGGGUGUUUCAGGGACACUAAAUUCAAUCCCAGGCUGGAUGGGGCUUGGAGUAACCUGGUCUAGUGGAAGGUGUUCCUGCUCAUGACAGGGGGUGGAACUGGAUGGGCUUUAGGGUCACUUCCAAUCCAAACCAGACUGCGAUUCCCUGCUUUCACCUCUCUCAGGACCACAGCUCUGCCCAGCCCCAGUGGGUGGUUCCCAUCAUUAUGAGCAGCUUAUCUCCUAUUUCCUUGUAUUUCAGGAUUGCUUUUUUUUCCAAAAACUGGAGUCUUUAGGAUCAGCUCAUUGUGUGAGAGCAGCUGAUAUCAUAGUUUAAAAAUGCAGAUUUUUUACUUGGGUUUAUUAGUCUUUAUGGCUAGAGAAAAAAGCUUCAAGGAUGGAAAAAAAAGUCACAAAAAAUACAGAAUUUGUUAGUAUAGACUGUACUGGGAUGGUGUUGACCUGCUCACAGCCAGGUAGUGUCUGAGUCUGGGAAGGACUGCCAGGCACUCACAGGGCUAAAACCUGAGAGGACUCCAGCUGCAUCAUCCUCCCCAUCUUUCACAUCCUCCACCUCCUCCACAACCUCCACUUCUGCCCAUCUGUGCUUUUGUUCCCACAUCCUCACAAGGUCCCUGCUCCCACAAAACUCUCCUAACACUGCAUUCCUGCAUCCAGCCAUGCAACCAGUGCUGGGAAUGCCAAAAAAGGAGCAUUUCCCCAUGGUGGGGGUGUGCAGUUACCUGCUCACAGCAGUACCAGGCUCAUGUUUGGAUGGUCAUAACUGCCCAGGCCCUGCUCCAUCCAGCCCCAUGGAAAUGCAGCCAAGAAUGGCCCUGUACAGUGCUGGAGAUUGGUUCCAAGGAAGGGAGGGGUCCUCCAUCCCCAGGAAAGCGUCUUGGUCAUGGAAUGGUGGACACCAUAGGGACCACAGGGCUGUGUGAGUCUGUGAGCAGAUACAGACCUCCAGGGACCCCCCCAGGCAAAGUCACCACCAGUGGCAUGGUGGCAUGAUGUGACAUCAGACCCCGGGGCAGCCUUGGGAACGGCAGCAUCCCUCCCACAGGUAUUUCCCAGCUGCAGCCCCACCUGAGCCAUGACAGUGCUCUGCCUAGGUCUAUCGUCCUCAUUCCAAAAUCCACCAGGAGACUGGAUUUACAUCCCCAGCAAAGAGAGGGGACACCAGAUAAAGGACCGCUGGACUUUGGGGUGGCAGCAGAAGGAGAGGAAGGAAACCACCAGGGUCCAGGGGCUACACACAGGCAGGAGGUAAUUUGUACCAAAUGAUGAGGAGCAGAUGAGCUCAGAGGGUCCUGGGGCUUCUUAGCCCCAAGAUCAGAUUUCAUGGCAUGAGGAGGCACCCUGGGGCUCUGCCAGCAGACAUGACCCUGGAAUCCUCCACAUGGAGUUGAGUGCAACCUGGUCUCCUUGAGACCAGGGUUAACACUGCACGGGGGAAACUGAGGCAGGGAGUGGCUGAGGGACUGGGUGAAGUCACAGGGAAGACCUGCUUGAGGAAGGAUUUGGACUGGUGAUUCUCAUGUCCCAGAGCCCUCAUGGAGGCCUUGUCAGCUCUGUCCUUCCCCAGCAAGGUGGGUGCUGGGGCAGGGCCAGGUGACUAAACCAGAUAAAACCAACCAUGAGGGGACAAAUCCCACACUGGCAUUAAGCAGGAGCCUGGACCAGGAGUGUUGCUGGUGGCACUCAGUGCUGUAACUGCCUGAGCAGAGCUGAGCAACCACAGUACUUGGCACCUCUCCCCAUCCCUGAACGAAGGGCCAUCAUCCUGGUCCACAUAUCAAAGCAGCAGGGCUCUCCAGGGACCUGCAGAUUUGGAAGCUGUUUCUGUGUUCAGGCAAGUGGCCCCGGGGCUGGCAGCUCUGAGCAUUUAGUCCCGAGCACCUGGAGCUGUCAGGGCAGUGCCUCCCUGCCUCCCGGAGGGCUGAGCUGGCUGCCAGCUGCACGGCACAGCACAAAUCCAUGGCACGUGCUCUGGCUGCAGCCACCGGCACUUGGCAGGGCAGGAGGGAUUUGGCAUGGACACAGCAGGAGCCGGUGAGAGUCGUGGGAGGUGGUGUUGUUGUUGGUUUCAGAGAGCCCUUUGCCUUCCCUCUUCCUAGCCCUGUCCACCCAAGGAUCAGUAUUGCUGCUGGCACAUUGCUGAGGGGCAGGAAGCACUGGAGACCAACCUGCCACUCUUCUGGGCAAUGUUACAUUUAAAAUCUGUCCCAUCCUCACAUGGAGCCAGGUAUUUCAGAGUAUGAUGAGAGCUCUGGGCAUGGGCGCCGCCCCAAAACUGGUGCUAAGGAAGGCACUUGGGCUCAGCCUUUAGUUUAGUCUGAGACAAGUGGGAACUGCAGGUGUCAGAGGUGCGAUGGGGACACUCUGAGGCACAUCCCCAAGCAGCCGCUGGCCCCUGGGACAGCCACAGCCUGUGACUCUACCCUCAAAUAGACACACACAGGUGUGAGCAUGUGUGUACACUCCCUGGCUACAUGCCAGCAGGCAGGAGUGCACGGUGCUGUGGUUGUGGUUCUGCUCAAAGAUCCGAUGAUGUUUCAACAUUUCCUCUUUCUGCUUUGUGUUCCAUUUCCUGUGGUUGUGGGACACUGCUGGCACAAUCCUGGGCAACCAUGGGGGCACACAGGGCAGAGGGGGAGGCCCUACUGCCCACUGCUCCCUGCCAGCAUCCCCCAGGCUCCCCCAGCUGUAGUGUGUCCCAGCCAAAUGGGUACUUGGCUGUAGUUUUCUCUGCCCGGGGAAUUCUAAAACUGCCAAGAUGCUUGUGCCCAGGAGGGAGGAAGAGCCAAGGGUGACGCCAGGGCAGCGAUGUCCCAGCCACUUGUCACAUCGGCCGUUGGCAGCAGGAACCGCAGGGCCACCCACUCUGGUCUGUCUCAGAGGGUCUCCUCCUGCCCCUGGGCUCCACAGGCAUUUUGUGGCCCUUUAAUUCUCCCCCACAGGCUCACCAGCCUCUGACCUUCAGGCCUGGUAGCAGCAGGUAUCUCCCAGAGUCCCCACAGCCACUGACAGAGUCCAAGCUUUCCUGGGACAUCGGUGCCAAGCACCACCAGCACAUUUCUGGACUUGUGCCCUUUCACUCCUCUCCUUUCCCUGGAUUUUUAGCUGAGACAAGACCAGCCACUGAGUUUAGUGUCUGCUCAAGGUGUCAACAACUACCCUGGGUCAAGGUGAUGGGAAGAGGCAGACAAUCCCUGGCAGGGUUGUGGGUACCAUCCUGCCCCCUUGGGAAUUCACCCUUUCCACUCCUGCUGCCCCAAAGUGUCUGCAGGAGUGUCUGCAAGGAUACAUGAACCCCUGCCAGGGGGCUUCACUCCAACACCCAUGUGAUGCUGCAGGGCUGAGAGGACCCUUUGAGGAGCUGGCAGGGGGCAACAUCUGCACCACCCGUGGGGUGAACUCCUGCAAGCAGUGCCUGGCUGUCAGUCCCCUCUGUGCCUGGUGCUCUGCUGAGGUCUGGGUGCAGUCGACCCCUCGCUGUGACCUGCAUGCCAACCUCCUGCACAAUGGCUGCAGCCAGGACCACAUCGAGUCCCCCAGCAGCAGCGUCACCAUCCUGGAGGACCGGCCCCUCAGCAGCAAGGGCUCGGGGGGGUCCACCACCACCCAGAUGAGCCCCCAGAGAAUACAGCUGAACCUGCGGCCAGAUGACUCCCAGGUCUUUCAUGUCCAAGUGCGUCAAGUGGAAGAUUACCCUGUGGACAUCUACUACCUCAUGGACCUGUCUAACUCAAUGAAGGAUGAUCUGAGGAACAUCCAGAACCUGGGCACAAAACUGGCCAGUGAGAUGCGUAAGCUCACCAGCAACCUACGCAUCGGCUUUGGGGCCUUUGUGGACAAACCCAUUUCCCCCUACAUGUACAUAUCUCCUCCAGAAGCCAUCAACAACCCUUGCUACGAGAUCGGGGAAACCUGCCUGCCCAUGUUUGGGUACAAACACGUCCUGUCGCUCACGGAUGAGGUGACUCGCUUCAACGAGGAGGUGCGGAAGCAGAGUGUCUCCCGGAACCGCGAUGCACCUGAGGGCGGCUUCGAUGCCAUCAUCCAGGCCACCGUGUGUGAUGAAAAAAUUGGCUGGAGGAAUGAUGCUUCCCAUCUGCUUGUCUUCACCACGGACGCGAAGACCCACAUCGCACUGGACGGACGGCUGGCGGGCAUUGUGCAGCCCAAUGACGCCCAGUGCCACAUCGACAAGGAUAAUUUCUACUCUGCCACCACCACACUGGACUAUCCCUCUCUGGGCCUGAUGACUGAGAAACUCUCACAGAAGAACAUCAACUUGAUCUUUGCUGUGACAGAUACGGUUGUUGGCCUCUACCAGAACUACAGCGAGCUGAUCCCAGGCACAACUGUGGGCACCUUGUCCAGAGACUCCAGCAACGUCCUGCAGCUCAUAGUAGACUCCUAUGGGAAAAUCCGCUCCAAAGUGGAGCUGGAGGUGCGUGACCUCCCUGAAGAGCUGUCCCUGACCUUCAAUGCCACCUGCCUCAACGACGAGGUCAUCCCUGGGCUCAAGUCUUGCAUGGGGCUCAAGAUCGGGGACACGGUGAGCUUCAGUAUCGAGGCCAAAGUGCGGGGCUGUCCCCAGGAGCAGCAGAAAUCCUUCACCAUCAAACCUGUGGGCUUCAAGGACAGCCUGACGGUGGUGGUGAACUUCGAGUGCGAGUGCUCCUGUGAGAGCCACGCCGAGACCAACAGCCCGUCCUGCAGCCACGGUAAUGGCACUCUGGAGUGCGGCGUGUGCCGCUGCAACCCCGGGCGCCUGGGCUCACACUGCGAGUGCUCGGAGGAGGAGUACAACCCCUCACAGCAGGACAACUGCAGUCCCCGGCCAGGCCAGCCCCUCUGCAGCCAGCGUGGCGAGUGCAUCUGCGGGCAGUGCGUGUGCCACAGCAGCGACUUUGGGAAGGUGACGGGCAAGUACUGCGAGUGCGAUGACUUUUCCUGUGUUCGCUUCAAGGGCCAGAUGUGCUCAGGCCAUGGGCAGUGCAGCUGUGGAGACUGUCUGUGCAACUCAGACUGGACAGGAGACUACUGCAACUGCACCACGCGCACUGACACCUGCAUGUCCAGCAACGGGCUGGUGUGCAGCGGCCAUGGCUCCUGCGUGUGCGGCCGCUGCGAGUGCACCCAGCCCGGCUCCUAUGGAGACACCUGCGAGAAGUGCCCCACCUGCCCGGACGCCUGCACCAUCAAAAAGGAUUGCGUGGAGUGCAAGAAAUUUGAGCGGGGAAAGCUGGUGGAGCAGCAGUCCUGCAGCCGCAUGUGCCGUGACGAGAUUGAGACAGUGCAGGCACUGAGUGACAAGGGCAAGGAUGCUGUGAACUGCACCUACAAGGAUGAGAAUGACUGUGUGAUGAGGUUCCAGUACUAUGAGGACUCCAGUGGCAAGUCCAUCCUCUAUGUCAUCGAGGAGCCUGACUGUCCAAAGGGGCCAGACGUCCUGGUGGUCCUGCUCUCAGUGACAGGUGCCAUCCUGCUCAUCGGCCUCGCUGCCCUGCUCAUAUGGAAGCUCCUCAUCACCAUCCAUGACCGCCGUGAGUUUGCCCAUUUCGAGGAGGAGAAGGCCAGGGCCAAGUGGGACACGACCCAUAACCCUUUAUAUAAAGAGGCCACAUCUACCUUCACCAACAUAACAUACCGUGGAAACAUGUAAGGAUGCCACAUCCAGCACUGGCCAUGGGAUCAUCUGAUGAUCAGUGGGAUCUCCUAGAACCCAGUUUACAGAAGAGCUUGUUUGUGUCUGCCUGUAUGAAUGACUGCAUGUAAUUUAACAAGUCCCUGACUGCCUCCAACCCCUAUUGUCUGUCACCCCACUGUAACUGCAGGGACGUGCUUUCCAUGGCAAACCUCAGUCCUUACCUCAACGGGUCGCUCACAAAGCUACCAGCCCCCCCAUACACUGAACACAGAGAAAUGGGAUGAUCUCUGUCAGUCUGUGAACUCUUUGGUGCUCAUCAGGCCACGGGCAUUUCAGGAGCAGCUGCUGGAACCACAUGCUGAGCUGUGCUCUCCUUCACAGUGUGUGCUGGUGAAGCUCUGCCUGCUUGGAGUCCCCUUCUGCACUGGCCUUGGUCCCUCUGAGCACAGUGACCUUCUCCUUCGGGACAGGGCAGCUGCCAGCACGCAGAAGCCAUCGCUGGCUUUGGGGGUUCAGGACACUGCUCGAGCAGCCCAGCAGCUCCUUUCUUCAUGCAGCCAUAUGUCACUGGUGCUGCUGUGACCCAGGGUGGCAAAAAGCUGUGCCCCACAUAACAGUGCCCUCCCUCACUCCCUCCAAUGCAUUAGUCUAUACCACCUACCAGUUCUGUGUAGCAUCAGCUGUGCUGGUACCAACUGAAGCCUGGCUCAGCCCCUGGGAUGGUGCUGAGCUCCUCCUGUCUGCCUCCGCUGUCCCCAUGCCACCGCGCACAUGGAUGUGCAAGCAGCUGCUUCAGGAGGGUCAUGACACCUGAUAUCCCUUGAGCCUGGCCACCUCUCUCCACUUACUAUCUUUUUUAAACUGUGUAACUGCACCACCCCUGAACUUCUGUGUGGCUCAGGGUUCCAGAAGAGCAGGCAGGGUUCAGGCUAUGUCCUGCUGCUUGGGGCUGUGUGUCACCCGUGGAGGAAAACAAGGAGAUGUCCCAGGGGCAGUGCUGGGCUGUAACAGUGCUGCUGCUUGGUCCCUGCCCUGCCAGAGCACAUGGCUCAAUUCUCCUCAAUUGGCCCAAAAAGCAACAGUGACCUUGCUCCCAUCGUGGGGUUGACCCCAACGGCCCCAGCAGUGUGUUGGCUGAGCUGGUGGUGGCCCCGUGUCCCUGUUCCCUGGCUGGCCUGUCAGUGUGGGAGCAGGGGCAGCAGUUGGUGCUGGGUGGGAUCUGGGGCUGAGCCCUGGAGGGGGGCCAGGGAUGGAUGGACAGCACCAGAGUGCCAGUGAUUCACAUCACAAAAAUAAAAAUAAUAAC